AAUACUCAAGAACAAGAAAAAGAUAAAUAGAAUAGGAAAUAAAAGAAAAGAAACAAAGAAAAACUGAACAGCCAUUGUUUCUCAAAACACACAAGAGUUGAGUUUCUAUUAAGAACAGAAAAGAAAAAAAAAAACAGAAAAACAGAGAUAAUAGGAUAUGGGUCACUCUUAUCUUGGAUUUCUUCAUCUUCUUCUUCUUCUUCUCUGUUGUUUGUUUUUGGGCGUGAUUGUUUCUGGGUCAACAGCCAAAACCAGUGACUUGCCGAUUAUAGCCUUUGAUGAAGGCUACACCCAACUUUUUGGGGACGACAAUCUUUUGAUCCACAGAGAUGGAAAAACUGUUCAUCUCACUCUUAACGAACGAACAGGCUCUGGAUUUGUGUCUCAGGACCUUUACCUUCAUGGGUUUUUCAGUGCUUCGAUUAAGUUGCCUCCUGAUUACACUGCCGGAGUUGUUGUUGCCUUUUAUAUGUCGAACGGAGACAUGUUCGAGAAGAACCACGACGAAAUCGAUUUCGAGUUCUUGGGGAACAUAAGAGGAAAAGAAUGGAGGAUUCAAACUAAUGUUUAUGGAAAUGGAAGCACCAGUGUUGGCAGAGAAGAGCGCUACAAUCUUUGGUUUGAUCCUUCUGAUGAUUUCCAUCACUUCAGUAUUCUCUGGACCGAUUCUCUGAUCAUAUUCUAUGUGGACAAUGUUCCAAUUAGAGAGGUGAAGAGAACAGAGUCCAUGGGUGGUGACUUCCCAUCUAAGCCAAUGUCGUUAUACGCCACAAUCUGGGACGGAUCAGAUUGGGCCACUAAUGGUGGAAAAUACAGAGUCAAUUACAAAUAUGCCCCCUACGUCACGGAAUUCUCCGACCUCGUUCUCCACGGCUGCGCCGUCGAUCCGAUCGAGCAGUUCUCGAAGUGCGACAACUCGCAGGAUUCCGAAUCCGUCCCCACUGGCGUCACACCAAUGCAGAGAACCAGAAUGGAGGGCAUUAGGAAGAAACACAUGACAUACUCGUAUUGCUAUGACAGAGUUAGAUACAAGGUCCCUCCGCCGGAGUGCGUGAUCAUCCCACAGGAAGCGGAGAGACUCCGGUCGUUCGACCCCGUCACAUUCGGGAACGGGCGGCGCCACCACGGGAAACACCGCCGCCACCGGAGCAGAGCCACCAGCCAAGCCACUUCCGCUUGAGAAAACAAGACUCUACUAUGUAUGAUGAUUAUGAGCAUUACUUUCUACAUUGAUGAUGAUUCAGCUGGGUCAGUUCCUUUUGUUUUUGUGUAUAGAGAGCGCAGCACAGAUUUAUUGAGGUUGAUAAGAUUAAUAGAAUUUCUUAAUAUGGUUUCUUCGAUGGUGGAAUAGAAAUUAAGGGGGGGUUGUGGUAUGUGUAUAGUUCUUACCUUUUAGGUCUUCUCGUCCUCUUUACCAUUUUUCAUGAUGUUUGUCUUUGGCUUUUUACAUAAUGAAUUUCGUGAUGAUUUCUGUAUUUUGAUACGCCCUCAUGGGUUCAAUAAAUCAUUUUUAGUUUAUUGAAUGA